AUGGACUACUCUUAUGGCAAAGAAUAUAUUAAUCCUUAAGUAAAAGAUGUACAUCACUAUGGUGAAAUGGGAGUUUCCAAGAUCCAUAGAGGCAUGCCUCCUCAUUACCCUGUUUAUCCUCAUCCUCCUCACUCUUAAAUGCCCAUUCAUUAAAUCAGCCCUAAAAAUGGACAUUCUCCUUUAGCAGGAUAGCCUCAAUAUGUAAGAGGACACCAUGGAUAGGGUUACGGUAAUAUUGAAAGCUGCCCUCCCCUUAUGAGCAGCAAUCACCAUCACCAUCAUCCUAUGGGAGAAGUUAGCAAUUUAGAACCUCAAAAGGGCUAAAGAGGAAUGUACUCUUCUUCAUAAGAGGGGUACUCUAUGCCUCCUACACCAUAUCAAGGAAAUGAAAAUAUUCCUUACUCUGAUUCAAACACUGAAAAACGCCACAAUUCCAAACAAAAUACAUCAUAAAAUCUCUCUGGUUAAAAAUCAAAAGUAUAAAGUAGUGCAUCAAAAUCCAAGAUUACCUAACAAAAUAACAAAUCGAAUAAGUAAAACUCUAAAAGUAGCAAUGAUUCUACGAAGUAACUUGAUUCAGAAACUAAUAACAGCACUCCUCCUGAGGAAUAAAAUUUUAACUACUAUCAUGAAUUCUGCAGACUUUUCACAGCAAAUGUCGUCCUAACAAACCAACUUAAAGAACUUGUUGGCUAAAAAACUGAUCUUCUUUAAAAGCUAACCAAAUUAGAAAAAAAAAGUGAAGAAUUAGGAGAGUAAGAAGGUGAUGAUAAAAAGAAACGUUUUAGAAGAAUUGCUUCAUAAAUUGACAGACAUUACAAAUGCCCUCAUACAUAAUGCCAAAAAUCAUAUGGAUCUGAAGGCAGCUUAAAUUAACAUUUAAAGAUAAAGCAUCCUGAGCUCUAUUAAGGAGGACCUACAAAUAGUUUAAUGGAAAGUGAUAAAAAUAGUUGCUACAAUGAUAAUAUGGAGAGCUUCUAGGAUUAUGAUGAUGAAGAUAGUUUGGAAGACUAAAGCAUGUCUUAAAGCUCUGUUAAGGUCAAGAAAUAGAAGAACAACUGA